AUGGCAGAGAGAGAGAGAGAGCAUGGGAGGGGAUUUCAGCUUCUGUGCCCACAAGGCCACAAGCCAACCAGCGGGCUCGGGCGAGGUAAUUUGCUUGCUACCAAGAAGUUGGAGGAUUUGCUUGCUAUUGCACGAGUGCCUCCGGCUGACAACCAGAUGGAAUGCCACCCUGCAGGUUGGCAGCAAGCUAGGCUUCGCAAGUUAUGUGAGUCGAAGAAUGUUCACCUCUCUGCAUAUUCCCCGCUGGGAGGCAGCAAUGUCCUUACGAAUCCUGUUGGGACUACGGUUGCUGAGAAAUUGGGCAAGACUACUCCUGCGCAAGUUGCACUACGAUGGGGGCUUCAGAUGGGCCAGAGUGUGCUUCCCAAGAGCACAAGAGAAUCAAGGAUAAAGGAAAAUUUUGACAUAUUUGACUGGUCUAUUCCUGAGGAGUUGUUUGCCAAGUUCUCUGAUAUUGAACAGGCAAGUACCCAUUUUGUGUUUGAAGUCCCAUGCAACUAA